AUGUCUCGCAGCGGCGGCACCACCCUCUACGUCACGGGCUUCGGCCACGGCACUCGCGCUCGCGACCUCGCCUACGAGUUCGAACGGUACGUCCUGCGGCAAUGAACGGGCUUUACGAUGCGGCGAUUCAUCCUCGAGCGACGCCUUACCCUCCAAACUUCCCGCCCCGAGUCCCCACUUCCUACGAGCGAUCGAGCGUCGCCUUGACACGUGCAUUCUCCUUCACCAUCGAGCUCUCGAGCCCCAGCGCCAGCAAAAACCACUGUGCCUCCUAACGAUCGCUACCGAAGGACUUGCUAUUGACAAAAUUUGAAGGUAUGGACGCCUCGUCCGCUGCGACAUCCCAGCUCCACGCACUGCGUCCAGCAGACUGUAAGACAUCAACAGCACGAUCAUCUACACGCGCGGUAUUCUGACCCAUCAACAGCUUCGCGUUCGUGGAGUAUGAGAGUCGUCGUGAUGCUGACGAUGCUUACCAUGAGAUGCACAACAAGCGCAUUGGCAGGGACGAUGUCUUGAAAAUUGAGGUAACGCAAUACCACACCUUCAACCACUCAUUCUCUGCUGACCGUCUCUCAGUGGGCUCGCACACCACCAUCGGCUAGCUGGCGCUUCGACACCGGCCGUGACGGAGAGCGCGGAGGCCGCGGCGGACGUGGCAGCGAGCGUCGUGAGCGCAGCCCUCGCCGUCGCUCUGUUUCUCCACCACGUCGCCGCGACUACGACGACCGCGACCGCGAUUAUGACCGUCGUGACCGCGACCGUGGCGAACGCCGGGAGAGAGACCGCUCCCGUACCCCAGAAGACCGUGAUAGAGACCGGGACAUGAAGGACCGCGACAGGGACGACGAUCGUGAGCGUGGCGCUGACCGCGGCGGCGAGCGGGGCGAGCGGGACUUCGAGCGCGAGAACGGCACGAACGGCGAAGAGCGCAAGGGAGAAGAGCGCGAAGAGGAGACUCGUCCAGCUCACGAUGACUUGGACACGGCUGAGUGA